CCAGAAAAUACUCUCUUUUCAGAAUGCUCGAUAGCCUGAGUCCAACGUUUUUACUUUUAGUGUUUUUGGCCCUAGUAAAUAUUGAUACAAACUCAGAACUUUUGCCAACCUACUCGAAUCCAGUGAACAAAUUGGUUUUUUUCAACGUGAGGACUCAUUUAGACAAGUUGUUUUUAAGCUGCAACCAUUCGACCAGUCAUGUGUUGCAUUGGCAAAAAGACGGAAUCGAUGUCACCGAAAUUCCGAGUUUAAAAGGACGGCAUGAGAUAAAUGCAAACAGUUUGGUAAUUAAUUGUCCAACGUAUAGUGAUGAUGGCAAUUACACAUGUCUUCAUCCCAAAUCAAAUGAAUCGGCCAACAUUGAAGUGUAUGCUUCUGUACACAUAAAAAAUUCGCCGACCAGAAUAAAUGUGUUAAAAGGUACAAACAUAGAAAUUCAUUGUGAAGCAUUUGGAACUGAUCCCCAAAUCACAUGGACAAUCGGUGGCAGUGAGAAUUUGAAUCAAAGUCGCGUUCAACUAGAAAAGGACAUGAAUAAUGUGACCAAUGCCAUACUUGUCAUUGAAAACGCAACUGCGUCAGACCAAAAUACCUACGAAUGCAGCGCAAGGAAUAAGGCCACUGGAUUCAAUGCGAAUUACACGAUAGCGAAGAAACAAAUCAAUUUAACGGUAUCGAAUGACCUGGUGCUAGAAUACUCGGAUCCAUCAAGAAAGUUAUUGUUUUUCGACGAUAGAAGAAAAAGGCCGUUGAAAUUACGUUUAGAUACAACGGUAUUUGGUUACGAUUUGAUAUGGCAGAAGAAUGGGGUCAAUGUUGAUGUGAUCGAAAGUUUAAAAGGUCGUUAUGUAAUCACAGAAAAUUGGAUGGUGAUUAGUAGUCCACAGCUCAGUGAUGAUGGCAAUUAUACGUGCAUUGUUCCUCAGUUAAAUGUGUCGGCCAACAUCGAAGUGAUUGCGAAUGUUUACUUGCUGAAAACAUCAUCAAUUCUAUAUGUGAAAGAGGGCGAUAGAGUAGAAGUUCAUUGUAAAUCGUAUGGAACUGAUCCACAAAUCACAUGGCAAUUACCUAAUGGCAACCGAAAUCAAUUGAAAUUUCAACGCAAUUCGGACAACAUCACGGACGAGACAUUAAUUAUUGAGCACUUUACCGCUGAUGAUGUGGGUCGCUACAAAUGUAUCGUUAGCAACAAAGCAACGGGAUUCAAUUAUUCAAUCAACGAAAUUUUCAGAAAAGAUGAAGAUACCACUUUUAUAACUAUUGGCUCAGGCAAUACGUCUCAAGAUCAUGACCAUUCGCAAACAUCAUAUUCAAAGCUAAGCGCUGGCUUUGGCAAUAAUGCCAUUUUUGCUAUAGUCACUGUUUUGUUCACAAUAACGUUGUCGAAUAGUUUGACGAAAAAUUGAUUUCAUUCCAUUUGUUAAAGACUAAAGAUACUCUAUUUGGUACGAGUUUCGUUUCAGUUGAAGGCAGACGAUGUAUUCUGCUAAUGUCAGCUAGCUAACUGAAAAUAUCUGGCUGGGCUCAGCGGUUGAAUUCUAUGCGUUGCGUUUUUUCAUCGCAUCUGCAGUACAAAAUUCAUAUAUUUGGAAAUUUUUGUUUUGUUCAUUUACCGUUAUUUGCCAACAUGUCUGCCUGUAUCAAUGCAUUGCCACUGUACAUAGUAAAUGUUCAUAGGAAUGUGUAGAGACAAUGCAAUAAGAUAGGCAGAUUUGUUUACAAACAACAAAAAAUGAACAAAACAAAAAUCCCCAUAAAACUAAAUGGCGAACAUUUUACAUUUCUUAUGGACUGUAUACUGCAGAUGCGAUGAAAAAACGCAACGCAUUGAAUUCAGCCGCUGAGCCCAGCCAGAUAUUUUCAGUUAGCUAGCUGACAUUAGCCAAAUACACUGUCUGGUUGAAGGUAAAUUUGUUUUAAAUUGAAUAUAAAUGAACGAAACAUGUUUAAAGUGCGCCUCUUUUCACACUGUGUCCUUAGUUUACGUGAAAAUUUGUGACUUUAAUCUCACGUCAACAGUUUGAAAGAUAUUUAGUUUGUUUCUAUCAGGAUUAAAACACACCCAUUAGAUUGUUUACCGAAAUAUUUUAUAUUGAUUGUAAUUAUGUUUUAAUAUCUUUAUUGGGUACGUAUUAAAGCGUUUAGCGCACAAACCAUUAAAAUAGUGAGGACAUGUACGAAUAAAUUACAAAAAUUGAUGUAAAUCGUUGUGUGGAUAGACACCAAUUUGACUAAAACUUAUCUGGUUUGUUUGCUAUAUUUGGUUCAAUUCAUUAAACGCGAAACUGAACCACAAGUCAAAUGCUAGACCCUAACGCCAUCUAUUGAUUCUUGUAGAAAUCAUUAAGGUUUAGACUUAGUGUAGGCUUGACAUGAAACUCAGUACUUUACUGUUACUUAACUUACAUUUAAGCUACUU